AUGGCCGACCGCCAAGCACAGACCACACCUCCGCGAGUGUCCUUUGGCGUAGAGCUCGAAUUCUUCAUUGCUUUUGUUCGCGAGGGGGAAAGAGACCCUGACUAUGCCAUCAAGCAUGAGCUGCAGCCUCUUGUUGUAGUUCCUCCAGAUGACGGGAUCGAUAAGCACGGCCUUCCGCAUACGGCGUACGAUUGGGACGAAGACUUUGUGUUCCACAGCAUUGGAGACGCCUUGGCUAAAGCUGGAUUGCCGGUUUAUGGCCAGGGGGAAUGUGGUCUGCCCGGCUCCUUGCAGAGUAUGCAGAGUAAAAAGGCCAGCGACGCGUUCCAGCUCAAGACAGACAUUUCUCUCAAAGCUGACCACGUCGACGGGUACCGCUGGCAGCGCGUCGAAAUGAUAUCCCCGGCCAUGUACAACAUGAAUAUGUCUUUUGACAUGAUUCGUCUGGCGGUGAGUGUAAUCACUACUAACUUCCGGUGCCGAGUGAACCCUAGCUGUGGGUUCCACGUUCAUGUAGGUGUAGGACCGACGCAAAGAAUCGACGCAAGGACGUUGCGGCAUUUCGCUGCCCUCUUAUGGGCCGCUGACCCUCUUAUCAGCCGACUUCAUCCUCCUUGGCGUGCUACCCUCGCCUACAGCCAGUCUGCUCGAGUGAAUGCAGCUACACCCCUGGGACAGGGCGAAGGCCCUGCAGAUGUGACCGUUGACAAAAACAUUGCCUUGCAGGAUCUGAAGAAAAUGAAAGUCCUGGGAAGAGACCGUUGGCUUGGCGACUCAGUGGAGGUGGACGCAACCCCAGAGACGAUGAAUCGCGAGAUGAGUUUGGAUCAAGAGGACGACGAGGCCCUUCUUACGGGCCACGAACCAUGGCAGCAUCGGCGGAUUAUUCCCGACGUCAGGGACCCCAAAAGCCCCGAAGCUCGCUCAACCUCGCCAUUUGGGUUUCCUCCACUUAGAUACGAGGCUCCUGUAUUGAUGCCGAAGAACUACCGCAGCUCUGCACCCAGCGGCGCAGUCCCACCACGACCUCGACCUCCCCCAAUCAACAGACGCUACGCUCGUGUUCCCGGAACGAUGCGAAAAGACAUCCGCGGAGACCCCGACUUCCUGGACGGGUACAUCCUAGGCCAAGGAGGAAGCAUCGAAUGUGUAGAAGUCAACCAGCCGGCUCGCUGGGACGUUAUGUCUGGCGUCAGGGAUCUCCUCGGUGCUGACAUGACAGUCGCACAGGUCGGGCAAUUGAUGACGCCUGCUUUUCUCCCGAAGCACAUCAACUACAAGUUCAAAGCCUAUGAUUUUCACUCUCUCAAACAUCUCGCCCCGCAGGACGGAAACACGACGCGGACGACUUACCCUACGAAAGACCACACGAUUGAGUUUCGCGAGGCGGCAGGUUCCCUGGACGUGGAGUGGAUUGCGACCUGGGCUCGCAUCUGUUGUCGACUCCUCGAAUGGAGCCGCGAUGCGGAGCCGACGGAGUUCAUGUGUGUGAUGCGGCUGCUGGCGUGGGCUCAGGAAGAGGAGGGAGCUCAGUACGAUGUGGUUGACUUGUUGAUCGACCUGGGCUUGAUCACGGAAGCGAGGUUCUGCGAGGACAGGCUGCAGCAAGGAGAGGCUGCGUGGUGGGAGUGCGCUAAUCUUGGCUCUCUCGAAGGGUCCGAGAACGUUUUUGGAGACGGGAUGGGCUACCCAGUGCCUGAGUUCGACGACUUUGAGAUGCCCGAUGUAGAGAAUGGAGAUGGGCAUCGAUACUCCGGAGUCGCGUUCGGGGGCUGGGACGAUGCUCAUGGUGGUGAGUACAGGGGCGGAGAGGGGUGGGAUUCGUCGAGUGGCAGUGAUCCUUUCGAGCUCGAGUGCAAGGCACCUGAGGCUAGUGAGAAGACCAGGACGAGUAAGACAACCACAGACGACACACUCGCAGAGAAGGCAAACGGAAAUGCGCCUACGGCCGGUAAGACCAACACAAAAGACAUAUCAGAGAAGAAGAUAGGUGACGAUGUGAAGGAGCAAGGUGAGUCGGCGGCGCGGGCGUCCUGUAGUUCGAGUAUCAGCACAAGUCGCCCGAGAAUCACGAUUGAGUGA